AUGGGAUCCAGUGAUGACGACAUGCUCCACCACAGGAGCUGCAACACCUCAAUAGACGACACCCCCGCCGCUCAGCUACAUGGUACAGUCCACUUCCCCUAUUCCACAGCCAUAUGGUAUAGUCCAGUCCACAGUCACUUGGAACAUGAAAAAGAGUGCCACCAACUGAUGGUGGUCUCCAUUAGAGGUGCCGGUUUAAAUCUAGUUACAACUGUCCUGGUUUAAAUCUAGUUACAACUGUCCUGGUUUAAAUCUAGUUACAAAUGUCCCAGUUUAAAUCUAGGUACAACUGUCCUGGUUUAGAUCUAGUUACAACUGUCCUGGUUUAAAUCUAGGUACAAAUAAUAAUAAUAAUAUAAUUGGUCAUUUAGCAGAGCGACUUACAGGAGCAAUUAGGGUUAAGUGCCUUGACUGUCCUGGUUUAGAUCUAGUUACAACUGUCCUGGUUUAAAUCUAGGUACAACUGUCCUGGUUUAGAUCUAGUUACAACUGUCCUGGUUUAAAUCUAGGUACAACUGUCCUGGUUUAGAUCUAGUUACAACUGUCCCAGUUUAAAUCUAGGUACAACUGUCCUGGUUUAGAUCUAGUUACAACUGUCCCAGUGUAAAUCUAGGUACAACUGUCCUGGUUUAGAUCUAGUUACAACUGUCCUGGUUUAAAUCUAGGUACAACUGUCCUGGUUUAGAUCUAGUUACAACUGUCCUGGUUUAAAUCUAGGUACAACUGUCCUGGUUUAAAUCUAGGUACAACUGUCCUGGUUUAAAUCUAGGUACAACUGUCCUGGUUUAGAUCUAGUUACAACUGUCCUGGUUUAAAUCUAGGUACAACUGUCCUGGUUUAAAUCUAGGUACAACUGUCCUGGUUUAAAUCUAGUUACAACUGUCCUGGUUUAAAUCUAGGUACAACUGUCCCAGUGUAAAUCUAGGUACAACUGUCCUGGUUUAGAUCUAGUUACAACUGUCCUGGUUUAAAUCUAGGUACAACUGUCCUGGUUUAGAUCUAGUUACAACUGUCCUGGUUUAAAUCUAGGUACAACUGUCCUGGUUUAAAUCUAGGUACAACUGUCCUGGUUUAAAUCUAGGUACAACUGUCCUGGUUUAGAUCUAGUUACAACUGUCCUGGUUUAAAUCUAGGUACAACUGUCCUGGUUUAAAUCUAGGUACAACUGUCCUGGUUUAAAUCUAGUUACAACUGUCCUGGUUUAAAUCUAGGUACAACUGUCCUGGUUUAAAUCUAGGUACAACUGUCCUGGUUUAAAUCUAGGUACAACUGUCCUGGUUUAAAUCUAGGUACAACUGUCCCGGCGCCUCUAUUAGAUCAGUAGGAGACAGAAGUACAGAACACACUUUAUUACACACACAUUAAGACACACACACAUUAAGACACACACGCACAUUAAGACACACACACACACACACACACACACACACGUUAAGACACACUCCAACGUAGCAAGAGGGCGUAGUAGAAGGUGUUUUACAGGUCAGUGACCUACAGCUUGUCCAUGUGGAGAAGGGAAAGGUCCAGCUGGUGAGCGGUCCAGCUGGUGAGCGGUCCAGGGCAGACGUUAAUGAGAGAGCUACUCACUCUGACACUGCUUGCUGGAGACUGAGUUCAGGGACAGAUGUGGGGGGGUUUGAAAACCACCAGGUAAGGCCUGUGAUUGGUCCACCCCACGAUGUGAUAAGGGCCCCUAGCAACCCCCUAGCGAUGGAGUGGCCAGGGCCAGAGGUGUGAACGCCCGGGGGGGAUGGUAGCCUCUGCUGGGGCUAGAGAGUCCUAAAGUCUCUAACUGCCAGGGCCAGAGAGAGGGAUUUCUGCAGAACAGUUUACUAAUGUUGUGUUACAGUAUAGCUAUAAGAACAUCAAUCAGCAGCUGAGUAAACCAGCAUUAUGUUCAGAAACUAUAGAUUACCAUAGAAAGGUGUUGAAAACUGUUGUGAGUAAACCAGCAUCAUGUUCAGUCUCACCUGACAUCUCUGUCUCCGUCUUCCUCUGGUGGCAGGGUUAAAAGAUGCCUCCUGUGUGGGAGCAGAUGAAAAGGCCCCCGGUGUCCCGGUUUUAAGCCGGCCAGUGGAGACCACCCAGCGCCAGCCCAGCAUGGUUAGUCCUGGUAGCAGCUCCGUCCGCAGCCCGCUGCUCCGACAGAGACGAGUCGUCUGCUAUGAAGAUGAGGUCAGCGAUGAUGAAGAUGCUGGUGAGGACAUGAAGGAGAUACCGUGUUGGUCAAAAUGUUGUGUUUUCUGUCUUUAUGAGACGUAUUGGGAUCAGCAGUUCAGUUCCUGUGCAAUAGCUGGAUGUACUGUACCAGUCAAAAGUUUGGACAUUCAAGGGUUUUUCUUUAUUUUAACUAUUUUCUACAUUGUAGAAUAAUAGUGAAGACAUCAAAACUAUGAAAUAACACAUAUGGAAUCAUGUAGUAACCAAAAAAAGUGUUAACACUGCAGAAUGCUGUGGUAGCCAUACUGGUUAAGUGUGCCUUGAAUUCUAAAUAAAUCACAGACAGUGUCACCAGCAAAGCACCCCCACACCAUCACACCUCCUCCUCCAUGCUUUACAGUGGGAAAUACACAUGAGGAGAUAAUCCGUUCACCCACACCGCGUCUCACAAAGACACGGCGGUUUGAACCAAAAAUCUCCAAUUUGGACUCGAGACCAAAGGACACAUUUCCACCAGUCUAAUGUCCAUUGCUCGUGUUUCUUGACCCAAGCAGGUCUCUUCUUCUUAUUGGUGUCCUUUAGAAGUGGUUUCUUUGCAGCAAUUAAACCAUGAAGGCCUGAUUUACACAGUCCCCUCUGAACAAAUAAAAUAAAAUAUUGUAUGUGCCAAAUACAACAGGUGAAAUGCUUACUGACAAGCCCUUAACCAACAAUGCAGUUUUAAGAACAAAAGUGUUAAGUAAAAAAUUGAUAAGUAAAAAAUAAAAAUAAGAAAUAAUUAAAGAGCAGCAGUAAAAUAAAAUAACAGAAGGGAGGCUAUAUAUACAGGGGGUACCGGUACAGAGUCAACAUGCGGGGGCACCGGUUAGUCGGUUAAUUUAGGUAAUAUGUGCAUGUGGGUAGAGUUAAAGUGACUAUGCAUAGAUAAUAAACAGAGUAGCAGAAGCGUAAAAGAGGGGGUGGGGUGGGGGCAAUGCAAAUAGUCCAGGUGGCCAUGAUUAGUUGUUCAUUAGUCUUAUGGCUUGGGGGUAGAAGCUGUCAAUAAGCCGUUUCGACCUAGACUUGGCGCUCCGGUACCGCUUUCCAUGUGGUAGCAGAGAGAACAGUCUAUGACUAGGGUGGCUGGAGUCUUUGACAAUUUUUAGGGCCUUCCUCUGACACAGCCUGGUAUAAAUGUCCUGGAUGUCAUGGAGCUCGGCCCCAGUGAUGUACUUGGCCGUACGCACUACCCUCUGUAGUGUCUUGUGGUCGGAGGCCAAACAGUUGCCAUACCAGGCGGUGAUGCAACCAGUCAGGAUGCUCUCGAUGGUGCAGCUGUAGAACUUUUUGAGGAUCUGAGGACCCAUGCCAAAUCUUUUCAGUCUUCUGAGGGGGAAUAGGCUUUGUCAUGCCCUCUUCACGACUGUCUUUGGUGUGUUUGGACCAUGAUAGUUUGUUGGUGAUGUGAACACCAAGGAACUUGAAGCUCUCAACCUGUUCCACUACAGCCCCGUCGAUGAGAAUGGGGGGUGUUCAGUCCUCUUUUUUUUUUCCUGUAGUCCACAAUCAUCUCCUUUGUCUUGAUCACGUUGAGGGAGAGGUUGUUAUCCUGGCACCACACGGCCAGGUCUCUGACCUCCUCCCUAUAGGCUGUCUCAUCGUUGUCGGUGAUCAGGCCUACCACUGUUGUGUCGUCGGCAAACUAACCACCUGGGGGCGGACCGUCACGAAGUCCAGGAUCCAGUUGCAGAGGGAGGUGUUUAGUCCCAGGGUCUUUAGCUUAGUGAUGUGCUUUGAGAGCACUAUGGUGUUGAACGCUGAGCUGUAGUCAAUGAAUAGCAUUCUCACGUAGGUGUUCCUCUUGUCCAGGUGUGAAAGGGCAGUGUGGAGUGCAAUAGAGAUUGCGUCAUCUGUGGAUCUGUUGGGGUGGUAUGAAAUUGGAGUUUCUGGGAUAAUGGUGUUGAUAUGAGCUAUGACCAGCCUUUCAAAGCACUUCAUGGCUAUAGACGUCAGUGCUACGGGUCGGUAGUCAUUUAGGUAGGGUAUCUUAGUGCCCUUGGGCACAGGGACUAUGGUGGUCUGCUUGAAACAUGUUGGUAUUAUAGACUCAGUCAGGGACAUUUUGAAAAUGUCAGUGAAGACACUUGCCAGUUGGUCAGCACAUGCUUGGAGUACACAUCCUGGUAAUCCGUCUGGCCCUGCGGCCUUGUGAAUGUUGACCUUCUUAUGAGUCUUACUCACAUUGGCUACGGAGAGCGUGAUCACAUAGUCAUCCGGAACAGCUGAUGCUCUCAUGCAUUCUUCAGUGUUGCUUGCCUCGAAGCGAGCAUAGAAGUGAUUUAGCUCAUCUGGUAGGCUCGUGUCACUGGGCAGCUCGCGGCUGUGCUUCCCUUUGUAGUCUGUAAUAGUUUUCAAGCCCUGCCACAUCCGACGAGCGUCAGAGCCGGUGUAGUACGAUUCAAUCUUAGUCCUGUAUUGACUCUUUACCUGUUUGAUGGUUCAUCUGAGGGCAUAGUGGGAUUUCUUAUAAGCGUCCGGGUUAGAGUCCCGCUCCUUGAAAGCGGCAGCUCUACCCUUUAGCUCAGUGCGGAUGUUUCCUGUAAUCCAUGGCUUUUGGUUGGGGUAUGUACAUACGGUCACUAUUGGGACGACGUCAUCGAUGCACUUAUUGAUGAAGCCGGUGACUGAUGUGGUGUACUCCUCAAUGCCAUCAGAAGAAUCCCGGAACAUAUUCCAGUCUGUGCUAGCAAAAUAGUCCUGUAGCUUAGCAUCUGCGUCAUCUGACCACUUCCUUAUUAACCGAGUCACUGGUGCUUCCUGCUUUAGUUUUUGCUUAUAAGCAGGAAUCAGGAGGAUAGAAUUAUGGUCAGACUUGCCAAAUGGAGGGCGAGGGAGAGCUUUGUACGUGUCUCUGUGUGUGGAGUAAAGGUGGUCUAGAGUUUUUUUGUGACAUGCUGGUAGAAAUGAGGUAGAACGGAUUUAAGUUUUCCUGCAUGAAAGUCCCUGGCCACUAGGAGCACCGCCUCUGGAUGAGCGUUUUCCUGUUUGCUUAUGGCCUUAUACAGCUCAUUGAGUGUAGUCUUAGUGCCAGCAUCGGUUUGUGGUGGUAAAUAGACAGCUACAAAAAAUAUUGAUGAAAACUCUCUUUGAAAAUAGUGUGGUCUACAGCUUAUCAUAAGAUACUCUACCUCAGGUGAGCAAAACCUAGAGACUUCCUUAGUAUUAGAUUUUAUGCACCAGAUGUUGUUUACAAAUAUACACAGACCCCUUGUCUUACCGGAGUCAGCCGUUCUAUCCUGCCGAUGUAGCAAAUAUCCCGCCAGCUGUAUGUUGUUCAGCCACGACUCGGUGAAACAUAAGAUAUUACAGUUUUUAAUGUCCCGUUGGUAGGAUAACUGUAAUCUUAGGUCAUCCAAUUUGUUCUCCAAUGAUUGAAGAUUGGCUAAUAGGAUUGAUGGGAGAGGCAGUUUACUCGCUCGCCGUCGGAUCCUUACAAGGCACCCCGAUCUACGUCCACGGUAUCUCCGUCUCUUUCUCAUGCGAAUGACGGGGAUUUGGGCCUUGUCGGGUGUCUGUAGGAUAUCCUUUGCGGCCGCCUCGUUGAAGAAAAAAUCUUUAUCCAAUACGAGGUGAGUAACCUCUGUCCUGAUAUCCAGAAGCACUUUUUGAUCAUAAGAGAUGGUGGCAGAAACAUUAUAUACAGAAUAAAUUACAAAUAACGUGAAAAAACACACAUAAUAGCACAAUUGGUUAGAGGGCCGUUAAACGGCUGCCAUCUUCUCCGGCGCCAUUCUCUUAUUUAUUAUAAGAGCUGGCAGCUAGCUGAUUGGUCUGCUGUCUCCUCCGGCGCCAUCUGUUGAGAUGUGUCUGUGACUUGAACUCUGUGAAGCAUUUAUUUAUUUUGGGCUGCAAUUUCUGAGGCUGGUAACUCUAAUGAACUUAUCCUCUGCAGCAGAGGUAACUCUGGGUCUUCCAUUCCUGUGGUGGUCCUCAUGAGAGCCAGUUUCAUCAUAGCGCUUGAUGGUUUUUGCGACUGCACUUGAAGAAACUUUCAAAGUUCUUGACAUUUUCUGUAUUGACUGACCUUCAUGUCUUAAAGUAAUGAUGGAUUGUCGUUUCUCUUUGCUUAUUUGAGCUAUUCUUGCCUUAAUAUGGACUUGGUCUUUUACCAAAUAGGGCUAUCUUCUGUAUACCUUGUCACAACACAAUUGAUUGGCUCAAACACAUUAAGAAGGGAAAGAAAUUCCACAAAUUAACUGUUAAUUGAAAUGAAUUCCAGGUGACUACCUCAUGAAGCUGGUUGAGAGAAUGCCAAGAGUGUGCAAAGCUGUCAUCAAGGCAAAGGGUGGCUAUUUGAAGAAUCUCAAAUACAAAAUAUAUUUUGAUUUGUUGAACACUUUUUUGGUUACUACAUGAUUCCAUAUGUGUUAUUUCAUAGUUUCGAUUUCUUCACUAUUAUUCUACAAUGUAGAAAAAAGUAAAAAUAAAGAAAAACCCUGGAAUGAGUAGGUGUUCUAAAACUUUUGACUGGUAGUGUAUGUUAAACCCUCCUCUCUCUCUCUCUCUCUCUCUCUCUCUCUCUCUCUCUCUCUCUCUCUCUCUCUCUCUCUCUCUCUCUCUCUCUCUCUCUCUCUCUCUCUCUCUCUCUCUCUCUCUCUCAAUUCAAUUCAAUUCAAUUCAAUUCAAUUCAAUUUAAGGGGCUUUAUUGGCAUGGGAAACGUAUGUUAACAUUGCCAAAGCAGGGGAAGUAGAUAGUAAACAAAAGUGAAAUAAACAAUAAAUAUUAACAGUAAACAUUACACUCAGAAGUUUCAAAAGAAUAAAGACAUUUCAAAUGUCAUAUUAUGUAUAUAUAUACAGUGUUGUAACAAUGUGCAAUCUCUCUCCCUCUCCCUCUCCCUCUCUCUCUCUCUCUGUCUUUCUCUCUCUCUCUCUGUCUUUCUCUCUCUCUCUCUCUCUCCCUCUCUCUCUCUCUCUCUCUCUCUCUCUCUCGUUUUCUCUCUCUAGUUACCCUGCCCUUCCGCCAGGUCGCUGGUCAUGGUACCACCAUGGGGGUGCUCUCUGACUCUGGCAUCAUGAUCUCUACGUCAUCAGUGGAGGUGGACGAGGAGUGUGAAGGUCCAUCCAUCCUGCUUCAUAGUAUCUCUCUGGAGUCAGAGGAAUGGGUCGGCUUUGUUCCUUCCUCCGGCGCCGAAUCACCCUUCAUGCCUAUCCGCCGGUCGGACCACCACCAGACCCCCGGGGGAGGAGGAGGGUCUUGCCCCACGACAGGCCCCAGUAACCUGGGUGUGAGGGAGGACCCUCAGGGCCCCCUGGAGCCCAGGCGCUCCCCUAAGCUGGAACACAAGGCUGUGACCCGCGUGAAGAGUAUGAUGAGCAUCGAGGCCCCGCCCAUCCAGCCAACCAACCAGCAGAACCAGAACCAGAGACCCAAAGGAGAGGAGUCUCCAACGUCCCCAUCCUCCCAGCCUCUGGUCCCUGAGCCUGGCGUAGCCUCCAGCCGCUCCCUGGGCCGACCUGGGUCUAACCCCAACCCCCUCUGUAAGAAGGGCGAGGCCUGCAGCGAGUUGGCGGGGGUCUGCACCAUCAACAGGGUGGUCCUGAGGAGGAGUGAGGAGGAGUCCUUCGGUAUGGACCUGGAGAUCAGAUCCUCUCCUCUGAAGGUGGUGAUCACUGGACUGAGGCUUGGAGGAGCGGCCGAGAGGGUAUGUUGUCUACCCAGCCUGGAAUCCAAACCGUUGUUUCACCAUAUCAGUUUGGAUUACAGCCUAAUGCCUACAUUACACAGACAUCACAAAUCAUCCCGUUUAACACUGGUACCAGGAGUUAAUCCAAAGUCAAGACAAUAUGUAUCUAACUGCAGUACACUGAUACAAUAAAACCAUUCAUUCUCCCUAAUGUCUUCGUCCUUGUUUACGUAACUUCGCUUUCUUUGACCUUCAUAACUCUGUACCUUGUGACCCUUAUGACCUGGUUGCAGGAAUCCCAGGGCAGGAUGUGUGUGGGGGACGAGAUUGUGUCGAUUGGGGACACACCCAUGUGCUCCUCGUCCUAUCACGACAUCUGUGAGCUCAUGCACAACCUUCCUGUGACGCUCACGCUGGAGGUCAAGAGGCCCGUGUCAGGUGAGACUAUGUCAUGCAUAUGUCACGUAUAUGUCAUGUAAUUUCGUCCUUACGGAGCAUUAUAUAACAGCCAAUCCCUGAACUCGUCAUCCUGCAGACCUGAUCAGACAACCUGUGAUUUGAUGUUGUGUCUUCAUAACACUGUCAUGCAAUGACAUCUUUCUUUAUAACUUUUUUUUUUAUAACUUUAUUUAUUUUAUAUAUUUAUUUCUUUAUAACCAACACAACACUAAAGCUUGAAACAUAACAAAUAUUGAGUUAACCCCAAAUAGCAUGAAGGGGUUAAUGCCAGACAGGAAGUAUUCUGACAGUGUUCAUAAUCUGUAAUGUCUUGUUAUGUUAUCCCCUUGGCAGGGCUCGUGGACUAACUAAAAUAACAUAACACAUUUUUUUUUUUUAAACAACUGUCCACCACUCAUAAUGGGAGCUCACCUGGAGCGAUCAGAGACAGAGACUCUCCACAUCAGCCCUAUCCUGUGGUGUUGGAAUAAAACAUAUAAAAUAACCUUCUGUCCUUUCUUCCUUGAAGUAAUCACUGAUGUAACACAAAUUGAUGGAUGUAAACAAGGGUGUAACCAUCACAUAGCUCUCACCUAUCCAAUCAACAUCAGAUCGACAUCAAUACCAGGGAUUAAUCCAAGGAAGGGAGGAAUGAAAAGGAAGCCUAUUUAAAAGGAUAGAUCACUUGAAUGAUAAUAAGCUAAUAAGCUAAAACUUGACUAAAGUGAACUAUCCCUUUAAAGCAUUGGAUCAGGACCCCUCCUUGACUACACCACUCAUUAGUCACUAAGAUCACAGUCUGUUUUCCCGUCACCCCUUCAUCCUCCCUAAUGCUGCCUUCCCUAAGACAUAGGACCUCAGCAGUCUGCCCUCUGCUGGCAGUACCCUAACCCUGCACCCCAAAGGGAACAGCACGCUGCUGGUUUUGUAUCCAUGGUGACUAUCCAUUUAUUUACCUCACUAGUUGACCAGUAGCUGACCAGUAGUUGACCAGAAACUGACCACCGACAGUGAAAUUCCAGUAACUUUCCCAAAAUUCCCAGUUUUUUCCAGAAAUCCUGGUUGGAGGUCCGUAUUUCCUGAUUAUUUCCUCCAGAUUCCGGGAAUCUUCCAACCAGGAUUUCUGGGAAAUCAGGGAAUGUUGGGAAAGUUACCGGAAUUUUGCUAAACCUACCAGUAGUAGAUCCGUAGAAGUUCGUAGAAGUCCCCCGCUUCCACAUGCCUUAUUAGCUAGCAUUAGCUGACAUUAGAUUUUUCUAGCUUUUUUUUGUUGUUGUUGUUUUGGGACGUUUGUGUGAUUUCUGUGAGUUGCUUUAUUGGUCACUUAUUGGUUAAUGUCUUUCUGGAACCACACUGCUUUAGAGGCGGCUGCCUCGGCACUCACAACACCAACUAACCUAAUCUAUAGAAGAGUAGCCUAACUGUGUGCGCCUAAUAUUCUGUCCAUCUGCCUGCCUGCCUGUGUGUCAUUGUCUGCCUGUCUCUGUGUGGGAAGUGUGGAGAUCAAAUCACCCUCUUCUUUGUAAAGCAUGAUGUCACACAAUAACACUGUAUUUGUCAUCAAUUGUAUUUCAUCAUUUUUAACUUAAUGCACAACAGACCAAGCCUGGCAUCCAAACUGAUGCUCUGUGUGAAACCAUGGUGAGCACAGCAUUCAGUCUGGUUUAACCAGGCUACAACAGACCUGCUUCUGCUGGGCUGUAGACCAAACGGGCUGCUGGUUCGAUCCCCAAAAGCUUUCCAUUUCACGUCAGAUUUUAGGAAUUUGCCAUUUGAUCCGAGAGCUUUUCCAAGGUCUUUCUGGAUAUUGGGAAUCCAGGUCAGUGGAAAUGUGCUGGAUUCAAAGGAAAGUUGAUUUCUAAAACAGAUACAGUAUGUAAUCUGACUUCCUGGUAUGUCUGAUGUUAUUGGUGCAUUGGGUCACAUGAUCAGUAUUAAUGAAUAUCCCAUUAAAUACUAAAUCCCAGUGCUCAUUUCUCAACUCUCUCAUAUCUGGUUUAUAGUGGCUUGAUGACAUGAGGUUGCUGAAAUAAAUAUCUCAUUCAGUUGAAGAAUUAACAUUCUGAAGAGAAUGAGAAGCCUACUUGUUGUUAAAUUGCACUUCAGUAAAUAUAAUUACUAAAAUAAUGUUAACAACAAUGUUGUUUCUGUAGGAAUUACAAUGUUAGUCCUACUACACUGUAAGUAUAAGAGCAAUUUAACUUGAAUUUAAUUUGUCAACCAAAACCUGACUGCCUCUACAGUAAUUAAUGAAUCUCUCCUCCUACAGCUGUAGAUCGCCUGUCCAGCCUCAUGAUGUCAUCGGGGAGUUGUGAUGUCAUGGGACCCUCCGGACUGGAUCAGUCCAGAACUCCCCAGGAAGCCAAUGGGGGCACUCCAAAUCCAGGAAGUCCCUCCUCCUCCUCCUCCUCACCGACCAAUCACAAUCCCAAACCCACAGCCCCAAUCAACCACAACCACAGCAGUGAUAUACCUGUCACCUACAUUGACGACGUCAUAACCAAACUAAGCUCCUCCGAUGUUAAGAGUGCCCUCUCUUCCAAAACCCUCAAAGCCCCUUCAGAAGCACAACGUACUGAGACUAUGGUCUGUGAGUCAGCUCUAGACAGCAAGACCCUGCCAGACAACGACGAAAGCACAGUUCAGACUCCUCCAACGUUGCCCAGUCAGUUGGAUUUCUCUGUCUUGGACUCUGGAAAGAAAGGCUGCCUCUUGGGUAAAACAUUAUUGAACGACGACUACUCCAGAAACUGUAGCAGUAAUCUCACAGACGAGGGAAUGAAUGCUCUUUCAAACGGGGUGGAGAGACCCCCCGGCGCCUCUGCUGCCGCCUCAAACUGCAACAUGUACGACAUGGUCGGCGACAGUGAUUCGGAGAGCGAAGACACUGCCACCGACAACAGCCGUGGCGCUGCCAGCUAUAACAAACCGGCGAGCCGCGGUGUCGGCGCUGAGCCCCAAGGCACGGAUUCAGAUGAGGAGGAAGUGGAGAUUUGUUACAGUGAGGCCCAGCGGCCCAGCACUCUGAUCCAGGCUGAGCUGACUCACCUAACAGAUGGGCCAUUGUCUCCCCAGCUCUCUAUCUCUAUCUCUGGCUCUGACGGCAGCCACAAUACAAAGGAGACUGGGCCCUUUGAUGUAGCACUAGACUCUGCUGCUUCUUCCUCCUCCGCUGCCACUGCUGCUUCUGCUGCCUCCCAGCAAAAUGAAGACUGCUCUGUUGUAACGACCCAAUCCAACCCCGAUCCGAAACCAUUCCCCUCACUGUCUCAGGGUCUGCCUGCCUCUGGCUCUCAAUGCUCAGGUGCCUGUCUGGCUGUGGAGGCCAAAGGUUCCCCUUGCCAAGUAAUGCCCCGCCAGUCUUCCAAGGACACAGAUUCUGAGCCCACCACAAGCCCCGCAGGGCCUUCAGAAUGUGUUGUCAACAGUGCCAACAGGGUUUGUGACACUGUUGUAACACCUCUAAUAAAACCCAGCCAUGCUCCUUCAUUAAGCGUCUGCAGUACCCCCAUUGCAGCGGCUAGCCACAACGUUGUGCGACGGAGUCAGGAGAUGUCAGCCCGACUCCGUACAAACGUUUCACCGGCUGCGGCUUUAGGGAAACUAUCUAACACACAAUCAUCAUCAUCAUCCCACUCAAUGGUGGCGGAGGCAAAUCCCUCCAACUAUAACAAUGGCUGGUCAGGCGCAUCUAAACCAUCAUCAACAUCACUAACAACAAGAGACAGGGAGAGAGACAAAGUUCCCCCAUCAACAUCGCUAACAACAAGAGACAGGGAGAGAGAGAAAGUUCCCUUAACUUCCCUGGAACUCAGGUUGGUCCAGAAUAACCCUACUAGUCCCUCUCUCAGGACGUCCGGUCCCAAAUCAGUCAACAACACUUCAACAGACACUCCUCUAUCCAGCAGUAGCAGCAGGCUCAGAGUCAAUGACAAAGUCCAGAAGACCAGCAACACUGUUCCCAAAAUGAAGGGGCUCAGCGUCAAGAGUAAAACCAAACCCCAGGAGCAGCUUUCCCCAAAACCAGCCAGAGCAGAAAGUCCGUCGGUUCUGAGGAAAGCCAACAACAUUUCCCCGCUCCAGUCCCCCAAACUGCAAGCCAAGAAGGUGGGCUCCCUCCUGCAAACCAGGAACGUGGAUUCCACUCUGCUUACCAGGAAGGCAGCCGUAACCAGUAGCCUAAAGAUUGGUAAACAGCAAGACCGGAGCAGCAGUAGCAGUAGCCCUGUCAUGCCCAAAACAGGUGACGGAGGCCAGGACAAGUCCAACCGCACAACCACUACUACGUCAGAACCAAUCAGCCAAUCACAAUCAGCUACCAAGACGAAGGCAGAGGAGCUCCGUCUACACAAAGAGGUGGAGCAAGGGAUUUUGGCGGUGGCCAAGCCAAAAGAACGACCAGAGCCAGUCCCGACUACCCAGAGGACCUUCAUCGAGGUGCGACUCUCAUCCUCUACUCCUCCUUCCUCUUCCUCGUCUACACCAGUUCUGACACCAAAGGAAACUGGGAAUUCAAAGGAUUACUCAAUUACUCAUACCACAAAUAUUACUCCACACAAGGAUCAGGUCAAUGGAAGUCCAGUAGAGACUAGUCUAUGGCCAGGAACCCCUGCAACCCCUGGCUCGGUGUGUAAUCCUGAAAAGGUCAACAACACUACCAGUGAUUCAGCAGUGAACUCAGUAGUUCUAGAAUCCAUAGAUGGGGUUCCUUUGCCUAUGAGAAAUGGUCCCAUCUCUCACAGGAGCUGUAGUAUAAAAGAGAUGGAUGAAACUGAGAGCGUCAAAGGCAACGAGUCCAAACUGAAGGCGAUGGAUCGCCGUAGUUUCUCCAUGGACAACAGCGCCCCCGGGGAUCCCAACCUCUUCUCUGUCCGCCAGAGGAUCAAGUCCUUCGAGAACCUGGCCAGCUUCGACAAGCCAGUCCUCAAAUGCAUCGACAUCCAGUCCUUUGCUCAGUCCUAUGCUCUGACUGCAACGUUGAAGCCGCCUCUCAACCGGAGACUGUCCGGCUACAUGUCUGGAUCGGUGAGCUCCGUGGACUGCCGCUCGCUACGAAGGAGCUUCAGCUCGUGCGUCGACAACUUCAAAGCGUCAACCCCCUUGACCCCAAUGUCACCUCAGCUUCGCAAGUCACCGUCGAGCAUGACCCUCACAAACGUUGACCUGUUGACGCAAAACUGCAGCGCUAGCGAAGCUCCCCUCAGACAAACCCAGGACAAAUUUGCGGAUGAAGAAAGUCCCAGAAUCUCCCCAGGAGUCGUAACCCUAACCCCUCAGACGCCCCCGGUGAUGCGGAGCCGCCAGACCCGAGGCCAUUCCAACCUGUCCCGGUCCAGACUGAGGGAGCUCAGGGCCCUUAGCAUGCCAGACCUGGACAAGCUCUGCACCGAUGACUUCUCCAGCGACCCAGGGACUAACGCCGCCACCUUUAAGACGGAGCUGGAGAUACACCCAGCCAGGCCCACAGAGGUCAUCCAGAACCAGACAGGGGGCUGUUCCCCGCCUGCUGCCCCCACCGGGGUGCACCUGACCAGGGCCAGCUGGGUGGACACUGGGGCCAGCCUGGACCCCAUUCAGGGGAAAACCAAUGGGCAGCAGACAGAUAUCCAGAACCGGUCCAUCAGGUAA